GAGAGACGACAUGGAGCGCACGCGUGAACGGGAAGCGAGGAGCAUGCCCAUCCAUGUGUGCAUGCAUGUUCAUGGCCAAAAAGAGGAGGAAGAGAUGAACAAAGCAGCAGCAGCAGCAGCAGCAGAGGGAUGAUGGUUUCAUCACACCCUGGCUCCUAACCCUCCCUUCAAUCCAACUCCACCUCCACAAAAAAAAGUUAAAUUCUUACCCAUUAUCCACCAAACAGUCCAAAGAUUUCAUCUUUUUCCAGUUAAAAGUCCCAUCUUUUUGGGGGACCAGAGAUCCCCCAUCCCAUUUUCUUGGCUUAAAAAUCCCUCCUUUUUUUGUGUUUGCCCAUUGCCAUUUCAUCGUGGAUUUGGACCACGCGCAACCAAUCCCAAUCUGCGGCGGGGAGAUUCUAAACUAGCAAUCCACCAAGAACUCCACUACGAGAAUCAUUUCUCUGCAUUUUGCCCCCCAUCACCACCCGAGAAAUCCCAAGAAACGCCUCCCGAUUCGCCGUCCCCCCCCCCCCCCCCCCCCCCCCCCUCUGAAUCGGCCCUACGCCGCCGCGCGCGCCAGAUCGCAGUUCGUGAUAAUAAUCGAGAGAAAAAGGAGGAAGCAAUGACGACGGAGGUGGCGCUCCUCCGGGGCCCGACCAACCUCGCUUCCCCCACAAGCCGCGCCUCCUCCUCCUCCUCCUCCCUCUCCCUCUCCCUCUCCCGCCGCUAUUUAGCCAAUGGAGACAGCGAUGUGCUCCCAAGAAGAAGCAGCCGGGAGAGCCCUACAGGACUCCGAGAGCGAGAGCGACGCGAGCAAGAGGGCGAAGGGUCAUUGGAGGAGGAGGAGGAGCGGUGGUCGUUCUUGGCGUUGCUGCUUGAGCUGCUGAGGAAGUCGCUGCUCCCGUGCAGGACGGAGGAGGGUGGCUGCGGCGGCGGCGGCGGCGAGUGUGGGAUGGAGAUAGGGUGGCCGACGGAUGUGCAGCAUGUGGCGCACGUCACCUUCGAUAGGUUCCAUGGAUUCCUGGGGCUCCCCGUCGAGUUCGAGCCCGAGGUUCCCCGCCGGGCUCCCAGUGCGAGUGCAAGUGUCUUUGGCGUUUCAACUGAGUCAAUGCAAUGUUCCUAUGAUUCUAGAGGAAGCAGUGUUCCAACGAUUCUCUUGAUGAUGCAAAGACGUCUUUAUGAACAAGGCGGUCUUCGGGCAGAAGGUAUUUUUCGCAUAAAUGCAGAGAAUAGCCAGGAGGAGAUUGUGAGAGAACAGUUAAAUAGUGGAAUUGUGCCAGAUGGCAUUGAUAUUCACUGUUUGUCAGGCCUAAUCAAAGCCUGGUUUAGGGAACUGCCAAGUGGGGUUCUGGAUUCAAUCCCACCUGAACAGGUGAUGCAAUGCCAAUCUGAAGAGGACUGUGCUCGAGUUGCCAAAUGCCUUCCACCAGCUGAAGCAGCUUUACUUGAGUGGGCAGUUAAUUUGAUGGCUGAUGUUGUCCAAGAAGAACAGAUAAACAAGAUGAAUGCUCGCAAUAUUGCUAUGGUCUUUGCACCAAAUAUGACUCAGAUGUCAGAUCCCUUGACUGCACUGAUGUAUGCGGUGCAAGUGAUGAAUUUUCUCAAGAUGCUAAUACAGAAGACCCUCAAGGGUAGACAAGAGUCCAAUCUGGAGGAUAAAUCUCUUCCCCACAAGGAUCCAUCAGAUGAAAGUGGGCAUCACAAACCCUGCCUCACGCUCGAGUCUCUCCUCCAGGAAGGAUCCACACGUUCAUCUUUCGUCCAAGAGGAGCCCAUUCUUAACAGUCCCGCACAUGAAAACGGCUACAAGCCAAUUGAAGCUAGUCCUGUCCAGAGAAAAACUGCAGCUUCCACCAUGCAGACAAGUGAAGUUCAGACAAUCACAGAAGGCUCCAGUAGUUGCUCCCAACCUUCUGCUGAUCCUUUAUGUGCUGAAGCUGUGAGCUCACUUCAACGAAAGGGCAGCCGUAGCCUGAAUAGUAGGAGGACAAGAAAGGGCAAAGGGCAGUCUGAAACAAGCGCCAUUCCCUCAGCUGAGAAAUCAAAAGGUGCGAGCAUUGUGAGCAGGAUAAACUCGAAGAUUGAACGGAUUGAAGCAUGGAGAUGAAACCAAUUGUUAUUGUUAUUGUUAUUGUUAUUGCCCCUAUUGUCAUGUAAUCUAUGACCCAAUGUUUCCUUAAGGUCGAGAUCGGCGUACGUGCACAUUUUUCAAUUUUGUCAUGUUUAAAAUUUAUUGUUGGAUCA